AUGGUAAGCAAUGGGCCAUAUCCGUAUAAUAUCUUCGGUACACAAGCAUCAUUUGCCUACACACCGCCUCCUGUCUUUCCGGGAUAUCUCAAUCCUCCAACAACUUCCAGCAACAGCGAGCCAAGCCGUAAGGCAACAGGAAGACGGGAAAGAACAACUUUUAAUCCAGCUCAACUUGCAUAUUUAGAAAAAGUAUUCAAAGAAACACAUUAUCCCGAUGUUUAUCAUCGAGAACAAAUUGCUUUCAGAAUUGGUCUUCAAGAAUCUCGAGUUCAAGUUUGGUUUAAAAAUCGUCGAGCUAAGGAUCGACAACAACAACGGAUAAUGGAAUCAAGACAAAAUAAAGAUAGAUCCGGUAGUCACCAUACUGAAACUCCGCCACCUGAGCCAAACAGAGCAGAAUCAAGUGCGCAAAGACGGAUAUCUCCAUUGCUUAUUCCGGGAAGUGCUGAAUUCAAUAGAAAAACUGCCAAUAGAGAAAAAUUUUCUCUUUAUUUCCUUGUGAAUUUGGUUUUCAAAUUAUUUUUUUUAUGCUGGCCAUCAGCGUAUUCAUUUGGAGGACAAGGACCGUCAGCUUACAUGACUGGAACAGGUCAUACGACGACGCCAUACGGAUUUAAUUUCAACGCUGGUAGCACGCCCUCAUGUUAUCCUUAUCAGAGUGAUAUUUACAAUCCUUAUGCUCAAACUAGUUCAACAGCACCUUACUCUUAUCAACAUUUAUUCCAACCUCCACCUGCAAGUGAUCAUAUACCAAGAUCUACUCAACAAUUUAAAGAGGAACCAAUUUGUAUUAAAAUUAAGAGUAAAAAUGAGACUCAAAGUUUCGUAUUCAAUGUUUUGUUGAAAUUUCGUUGUCGUUUAGAAAAUUGA